CAGAGCAGAUGGAGGGAAAAGAAGAGGAUGUUAGAUUGGGAGCCAACAAGUUCUCUGAGAGGCAGCCUAUUGGGACGGCGGCUCAGUCCCAAGACGAUAAGGACUACACUGAGCCACCACCUACACCGUUGUUUGAGCCCAGUGAGUUGACCUCUUGGUCUUUUUACCGAGCUGGGAUAGCUGAGUUCGUUGCGACUUUCAUUUUCUUGUAUAUCUCGGUGUUGACUGUUAUGGGCGUUGUUAAGGAACCGACUAAGUGCUCAACUGUUGGGAUCCAAGGCAUUGCUUGGGCAUUCGGUGGCAUGAUUUUUGCUCUUGUUUACUGCACUGCUGGUAUUUCAGGUGGUCAUAUCAAUCUGGCGGUGACAUUUGGGCUGUUCUUGGGAAGAAAAUUGUCCUUGACAAGGGCGAUUUUCUACAUGGUGAUGCAGUGCUUGGGCGCCAUAUGUGGUGCUGGUGUGGUUAAAGGGUUAAUGGGGAAGACAAGGUACGGUGCUUUGGGCGGCGGAGCUAACUCGGUGGCUCGUGGUUACACCAAGGGAGAUGGCCUUGGUGCUGAAAUCUUUGGCACCUUUGUUCUUGUUUAUACUGUCUUCUCGGCCACUGAUGCCAAGAGCAGUGCUAUAGACUCUAACGUCCCUAUUCUUGCACCCUUGCCAAUUGGGUUCGCAGUGUUCUUGGUGCACUUAGCCACCAUCCCAACCACCGGAACCGGUAUUAACCCGGCUCGUAGCCUUGGCGCAGCCAUCAUCUUCAACAAGGACAAGGGCUGGGAUGACCAUUGGAUCUUCUGGGUGGGUCCGAUGAUUGGAGCAGCACUAGCAGCACUCUACCAUGUCGUUGUGAUCAGAGCCAUUCCUUUCAAAUCAAAGUGAUCCGAUCAACGGUCAUGAUUAUGUUCUGAAGAAGGAAAAUUCCACCCACCCUUUCAGUUUGAUUCCAUCUUUCUUUUGUUUGUUUGCCCUUUGUGUAUGUAUGCAAGAAUAUGCAAAUAUAUAAUUCCAAUCUGUUCAAAGUCCAAUAUGAACAUACUCUC